AUGACGACGGUGCCCCCCUCGCUAAUUCGGCGGCUCGCGCCAUACUUGUCUGCCCAGGUCCGCCGUAAUUCGAGGCUUCUCAGCUCAACCUCCGCCGUGCCGGAGCCUCAGUUAGCUUCAAUUGAGUCUUCAUCUCCGUCGCCGGACGCCGUACAUAUGACCGACAGCUGUGUCCGACGAAUGAAAGAGUUGCAAGCCGGCGAGAGUAGUAAGAAGUUGCUGCGUUUGAGUAUAGAAGCUGGAGGUUGCUCGGGCUUCCAGUAUAAUUUUUCACUCGACGAGAAGACCAAUUCUGAGGACAGGAUUUUUGAGCAGGAUGGAGUAAAAUUAGUAGUUGAUAAUAUCUCAUUCGACUUUGUGAGAGGUGCAACUGUUGAUUAUGUUGAGGAACUUAUACGUUCGGCUUUUCAGGCCGCCGCGAUUUUUCGUUUGGCACGAGUCCAGCACACUCUAUCUCAUUUCAACACCAACUACAGCGGCGGCGCGUGUAUCUCACUUGCGAGCUCUGCUGCCCUGAAAGCCCGACACUUGCUUGCGAACCUCCGAUCAUCAGCUGGUUGA